AUGGACCGUCGAGUACAGCGUGUGGCCAGCGUCUCGACAGCGUUACUGGUGCUGCUUCUCGUUGGCCACAUUGGCGUUCGUGCACAGUACUGGACUGAGGGAGGCGAAGAACCGCUGGAAGGGGAGGACAGUGUGCGACGUGUUCCAAUAAAAAUCGAAGCAUUGCUGGCGCAGUGUAAAGGUACGUACGAGCGACCAGCCGGGCUGACGAGCUGGCUGGUGUGCUGGUACGAUGCUCGGAACUACCACAGCGUGAUAGGACCGCGGAAGGUGGAGAUGCUAAACUACGAACCAUUCGUGGCCCUGUUCUACGACGUCAUCCAUGACAGUGAGAUCGAACGGUUGCAGCAGCUGGGCGAACCGAUCAUUCAGGUAUCGGGUGCAACGAUCGAGGGAUGGCUACCGGUGUACUACAAGAACCACCAGACGUACACACUGCACAACCGAGACGAUCCGGUGGUAAAGCGGUUGUCGCAGCGCACCGAACGGAUGUCGGGACUGAGCUGUGCCACGGCCGAGGAUCUGAAGGUGAUCUACAAUGAGGUCGGUGCGUACAAGAGCUUCAUACUGGAUGCGAAAAAGCCGACGAGCGUGGCACAACAGUUUGCCUUUGCCAGGAAUCGGCUGGCGACGGUGCUGUUCUUCAUGAGUGAUGUGGAAACUGCCGAAGGGGGCGGUAGAAUUGCGUUCCCGUACUUGGGCUUCAGUGUCCAGCCGCAGAAGGGAGCGGCCGUCUUUUGGUACAAUCUGCAUGAUACGGGUCGGCCGGAUGAGCGGAUGACGUACAGCGUCUGUCCCCUGCUGGCGGAUAGGAGAUGGAUGGCGAAGCUGUACAUUCACACGCGUGGCAACGAACUGCGGAAUCCUUGUCGACCAUCGAACGCACCGAAAAACCACCAGACCGUCCCGGAGGUGAUGGCGUAA